AUGAGUGACUUUGUGUUAAACGACACUGACUCAGAAGUUGAUUCUGAUGAGGAACUGCAAGAGGCGUUUGCUAAAGGAUUACUUAAACCUGGUCUUAAUGAAGAAAUAGAAGUAACUCAAAAGAAUUAUGUAAAUAACGUAGCAGAUUUAAAAUUAAAACUGAAAGAUAUUCAAUUAAAAUUACCAUGGAUCGAGACGUUAGACUUGGUAACGGCUGUUGCACCCAUGGCUCCAGAUGUAGCAUUACAAAUGCAAGAGACUGCACAGCGAAGAAAGAAUUUAAAAGAAAACAGCAAAGGACAUCAACUUUAUGAUCCUACUCAGAACCCGGUCCUUAAUGAGUUCAAACGAGAGAACCUCUUGCAUAGACAGGCACAAGCGGCUGUUGUUGAAGGUAUAAAGAAACUUAAAGAUCUUGGAAUCCCUACAAGAAGACCUGAUGAUUACUUUGCGGAGAUGGCUAAAUCGGAUGAGCACAUGCAGAAGGUACGCAAGAACCUGAUGGCGAAACAGGCAGCACAGGCACGUACAGAGAAAGUUAGACAGCUCCGAGAACAGAAGAAGUUUGCUAAAAGAGUCCAGACUGAUGCAAGGCUAAAGCAGGCUGCAGACAAGAAAGAAAUGUUGGAACAAUUAAAACGUGUCAGGAAAGGGAAAUCAUCAGACUUGGGAUUCCUAGAUGACAAUAAAGGUAGCAAUAAGGGCAAUAACAAAGGAAAAGAUGGUAAAGGUCCACAACAUAAAGUCAACAAGCGACGAGCUAUGAAAGACAAGAAAUUCGGGUUUGGCGGCAAAAAGAAGGGUUCUAAACAAAACACUCGGGAAUCAUCCAACAACUUUGAUGGUUUCAAUGGCCAUGCGGCUCAAAAGAAGAAUUUCAAAACGAAAUCCUUCAAGGUCAAUAGCAAGAAGAAUCAGAGGCCAGGAAAAUCUAAAAGGAAGAACAAUAAGAGAUAA